ACCAAUAAAGGGUUGCUUAGUUAUAACAAAAAAAAACAACCAUUCUCUUCUCCAAAAUGCAGUAAAGAAAGAUAAACAAAUAUUGAGAAAACAACUUAUUUAUUUUAAAUCAAUCGUAUACUCAUCAAUUCUCUUAUAAGAAAAAUGUUGAUGACAGAUACAUUUUCUGCAGCCCAUGAUAAUUUAAUUAAAAACAAUGGAACGCCUGGAUUAUGGUUUGCGCAUACAGCAGAUUAUUGUGAAACACCGCCAAGACCACGUGUACGACUCGAUGCAGUCGAGAUAGCUAAUCGUAAUAAAAAGCACUUAACUACAGCUGAAAUAAGUGGAUUUGCAAGUAGUCGAACUGACUGUGGUGGUGGGAAUGGUGAAGAUCCAAACGAUGAAACCAGCAGCGAUCAAAAACGACAGUUACGACUACGAACACCAGAAGCAUUGAGUAUUGCAGAGAAAUCAAAAUCACAAAGUGAUAAAUGGUAUGAUUUUGCUGAUAAUCUAAACUACAAACCGAUAAUUAAGCCACGUCGAAUAGGAGCUGGAGAACAUGGUAAGGCAAUUUUAGAGAAUAUGACACAAGAAUGUGAUUGGUUCAAGCAUAAAUCAUUUGACGGAACAAAUACUGAAAUAAAUCCUGAUCGUAGAAAAUCAUCAAUAUCAUCCAGUUAUAGUCGACGUAAUGAAGUGAAUAAUUGGUUUGCACAUCCACAACCAAAGGCAAGAGAGACGUUGGAUGAGAAUACAACGAGUUUACCGACACGUUUGAGAGUACACCGUGAAGGCAUAGAAUAUUCAUUAAAAAAUCGAGGUUUAGAUGAUUUACUAACUAUGAAAAUGUCUCCGGCUGAAAUGCAGCACACAAUUCCUUAUGGAUGUCCAACUGAAGAAGCUCAGAAUAAUGCAAUUUGGUCAAAAACAGGAACUUCUAUGGCAUUGUGUUUAGGCAAACAGCCCAGCAAUCAAAUGUCACAAGUAUUGGAUAAUAUUGAUUCUUCAGUCAUUCGGCCACGUUCUGCAGCUGUUCGUGGUUCUGAUGCUGAAAAAUGGCGACAACUUGGUCGAGAUGGAUAUAUGGGAAGUUCUAUGUUCUUAGGAACGAAACAAGAUCCUUCAAGUACUGUAGCUCAUCGUGUAAGACCAGACGGUGAAAGCAUUCAAGAAAAAUCACUAUCUGGUUAUCAAAUGAUGAACUGUUUAAAUAUGUGUAAAGACAAUAAGCAAAAUGAAAAUACUGUCGAUGAUAAAGACAACAGUGCAUAUGCAGGUUUUCGUCUAAGAACGAUAGAAGCUCUUGAAGCUAUGAAACGAAAUCAAGGCCAAAUGUCCGACUACUUGGGCAAUGGAGCCUGUUCUGUUACACAGCCAUACAGGAGAAAAUUUCAAGUUCGCUCUCUAAGAGGCUCAGAAGCACAAGAAGCUGCUAUGAAUCAUAAAGGUUCUGCAGUACAAGAGUUGAUCACUCACGAUCGUCUACCUCCUGAUCCUGUUGGAUGUGGAUUUGCGCAUGUUAGUGAAGAGGCGAAAGAAAUUGCAGAACUUAACCGUAACGGGAUGAUUUCAGGAUUGUUAGGGGGUAAAACGGUAUCAAAUAUUCCACUUGUUGGCGUUGAAGCACCUUCACAUAAACGUGUGCAAUACGAAGCUAUUGAAUAUGCUAAUCGUGGACAAGGUGAAGAAAUGAAAAACAUAAUUACACAAAAAGCCUACUAAUAAGUUUAUACUAAUUCAUGUUUUGUCAAAAAAAAACAUUACAUUGUAUUGCAAUCUUAUGGGAGUGUUUUUUAUUGUGUCACCAUUAUGUUAGUUCCAUGAGGUUCUUUAGAAAGCGGUCUCAUAAUUCAAAAUUACGGUUCAUAUAUCUAGAAUACAACAGUUGAAACAAAAUGUUAACAUUUUUACGACUGACUCUGAAUCGAUAACAGAUGAAUACCAAUUAGAAAACACUGAAAAUCAACAAGCGC